AUGGCGGCCCAGCCAGCCGCAUCGACUUCUCGCCCUCCUACCGCGCUCUCCUCCCCGACCUUCACGCCGCCGCCACGCCUCGUCAGCAACCUUGCAGUACUGCGGGACCCGACACGCGUCUCAGACGACCUCUGGACGGAGACCACCGAGGCGAGCGUGCUCUGGCUGUUGUCGCUCAAACCGCCAGGCGCCGCUUCGAUUUCGCCUCAUCAGCCGUCAUCCAAAGGGAAAGAGCGCGCGAGGGUGGACGACAACGGCGUGGCUGUCGAUGAGGAUUUGGUACAUUGGUUCUGUGGGGCGAAAGGCGCGCAGGAAUGCUGGGAGCCCGCAAUGUUCUGCAUUCGCCUCCUUGGGAUGAAACGAGUUGGCGAAGUUGCAAACUGGCGAGAUGCGUUCGAGCGGUUGAUGGACAGCUGUCCUGCCUGUGUCAGAGCGUACCAGACUGCCAAAGGCGACUUCCGCGACAACUAUCUGCGACACUACAAGCCAGAUAAGUCUAUCCAGACCUUCACGAACGGCAUCGAGGCGAUCGAGUUCGCCAGCGUGAUGCGCGCCUUUGCCGCCGCAGGCUUCGAUACGCCGCCAAGCAAUACACCCGCCGGCGAAUCGACAUGGCGUCCAUCUCGACGAGCACGCCUCAACGACGUGCCCGAGGCAGCUGUCGAGAACGUCUUGUCCAAUCCUCGACUCUUCGAAAGCGACAACGUCAUCGAGAUGCUCCUUUCGGGCCUUGACAGUGACGACUUCCGCCCACUCGCCUUGCCGCCUACUCCCUCGGCUGGUCUGCUCGCCUUCCGGCUCCACAUCGACCAUGACCUGCGCGCACUGGCCGAAAUACAGAUACGCCGGUGUACGCGGCAGCCGGAUGCCGACGCCUUCCGCAGGCAAGGGUUGGCGGCGGUGAUGGAUUCGCAUCUCGGCGCGCUCGCAAGUCGAGAUCGUGGCGAGGUCAGCGCUCCUACAGGCAUCCAUCUGCACUACACCGACCAGCGGAACGACUUCAUGGGCGGCAUCGCUACGUGCCUGCGGAGCCUCUCGGCGAACGCGAUCAAGCAGGUCCUCGUUCGCGAGCCGACAUCCCUCGCGGCCUCGCUCGACGUCGUCCAUCUCGUUGCGGCACAUCUCGCCGAUCGAGGUGAUCAUCUGGUCUCCGUCGUAGACUGCUUCACCGUCCUCCUCGAACGCCUCGGGCCUGACUUCUGGUCAGUCGGCGACGAGAAGUACGAAGAGGUCGUGCUCCACGCCAUCCUCGACAACGACGACUUCCAUGAGGCGUUUGCGGAACAGGCGCAUCAGCAGGCAACGACGUCGGAUGCGCAGACGUUUGACACCUCGUGGCUCGCCUGGCUGCCGCCAUUCCUCGCCUCUGUCGCUCAGUCCCCCACACUCUUCACCAACGCGCUCGCUCUCAUCACUUCGACUUUCCUCGAUCGCCUGCAGCGACCCCGUUUGGACCCUCUCGUCCGUACGGCUGCGCUCCGGCUCGCCGUCGGCAUCCUCUCCGACGUCUUCAUCUCGAACACUGCGCCAACACCUUCGAACUCGACUGCCGAUGUCGUCGCCGUUGCCCCUCGGUACCCCCAUGCCGCAGCUGCCACCAAAGUCCUCGACCUGCAUGCUAAGACGAUCGCCUCCUUUGCUUUCUCCGCAUCGCACGCGACGGCGGAGUGGGCAUCUGCCGUCGAACUCGCUCGAACUUUCGUCGGCAGCGUUCUCAAGCGCGACGGGAAGACUAUCGCACGAGCCGUCUACAACCUCGCCACAUUCAGCCAGAACCAUCACGAGCGCGAACGGCGAGAGAAGAAGCGAUUGCAGGCGCUCGCAAACGGCGACGCCAAAGCGAGGAAGGAAGCCGAACCUGCGCCGGUCGCGCCGCGGAGCGUCACUUUCGCCAAGGCGAUGUGGGACGAGGCGUACGCAUCGGUACGGGAGGGCGACGCGGCUGGCAUCGCCGUACUCGUGCAGGGCGCGUCGCCGACAGCGCAGUUCGAGAAGCUGACCAGCCGGUCAUGGGCCAUCAAGGACCUCGUCCGACCGCAAAUGAAGGCCAUCAACGACGCCCUCGCCGCUGCGCGCGACCCGAUCGUUGGCGUGAUCAUGCAGCUCGCCGACGAGCGCGUCGACGUCCUCCUCGACCUCCUCGGCCGACCGGGCGUUGUCCAAGCCGUUAUCGCUCUCCUCAUCUCGCCUGUCGAAGCCGUUCACAACGCGGUCCAGGGUCUCGUCAAGCAGGCCUUCGACGUCACCACCCGCCGCGACGUCUUUCGUUGCCUCAUCAGCCGCUGGCCGGAGCAGUCGUUGCGCGGCCUCGCGCACACCCUCCAGCUCUUCCAGACCUCGUCUCGCCUCCUUCCCGAGGCGUGCGGACUGGCAAAGCGUCUUGUGCGCUGCUUCUCCGACGUGCUCGACGUCCUGUGCGACACGACGGACGGCCUGCUCCGCGAUCCGGACUUCGUCCGCCGCGGCCGGGACGUCAAGCUUCAAGCCAAGCUCCUCGCUCUCUGGAAGCUCAUGGCCGAGGCGCUGGGCCUGCUGUUCAAGCGGACGCCGGAGUGGGCCAACUACUUCGAGAACGACGAGAUGACCGAGUGGAUGCGCGACGCCGUCCUGUUCGGCGCCGACAUGCUCGAACAGAUCCGAGUCCUCGAGACGAUCAUCGCCGGCCAAGCCCUCGACCGCUUCGCCACGGGCGGCAGCGCCGUACUCGACUCGCCUGCGCAGAAGUCGGCUCUCGCGAAGGAGUCGACCACGGCGGAGCAGAUGAUCGGUGUGCUGGCAGAACCGCUCGAAGAGAGCAUCGCCUGGCUCCGCCUCAACGACGUCGACCUCCUCAACCAGACCUUCGCUCUCGUUCUCAAGAUGGUCGGCCGCGUCACCCGCUCGCGGAUUCCUCUGCGCGAGACGACGCAGGCCAAGCUCAAGCGCAUGGCCGAUCGUCCCGCCGCUGGUGCCGAUCAGCGGCGCUCGACCAUUCUGCGGGAAAGCCAGCUGCUCGAGAUUCGAGAAGCUCUCGAGGACAACGAAGAUGCCGUGCGCAGGCGGAAGGCAGGCGCGCCGGUGGAAGUUCUCGACCUCUCGGACGACAAGACGCCCAAGCCAGCGUCUCGCGCCUCCAGUAUCGCCUCCUCGUCGACUGGUUCCCUGCGGGUCAAGGGUCAGGUCAAGACGUCUCUCGUCCCGCCUCAGCAACAAGCGUCGAAGAGUGGCCGCACCGCUUCUUCACUUGCCGGCAGCAAAGCUCGUCCAACGCCCGCCAUCCCCGCUCGUCCGCGUGGCGUGCCCUGGACGACGUACUCCUCGAAGAAGGCGGAGUCUGAAUCAGAGUCGUCCGACGACGAAGAUGCGGUCCGGGGCGCAGACGGCAAGAAGCUGACCGGACUCGCCCUGCUCGCGAAAGACCAGAAGCCGAGCAUCAAGAAGGCCACGACGGGUCAGCGCAAGAUCCAGCUCAUCGGCAGCGACGGCAGGGCGACAGCUUCCUCCGGCAGCCGCACUCGCACGCCUAUCGGCAUCGGGCGAAGCAAGGAGGACUUGCAAGCGCUGCGCGCAGCUCGUCUCCGCUCAGCGCAAGACUUGUCCCGUCUCCAUCGUGCCGUCCUCCAAUGGGAUCCUGCCGCCACCGAAGAUGCGCCGCCGAACGUCGAUCUGCUCAAGCGUCUCCCGGAGUCCUUCAGGACGCCCAAGGAGUACUUCGCCGCCUUUGAACCCCUCCUCCUGACCGAGUGCUGGGAGCAGAUUCGCCAGGCCAAGCUCGAGGCGCUCAAGGAGAGCGACGUCAUUCACGCCGACAUCGCCGGCCGCCAGUCUGUCGACGACUUUGUCGACGUCUUCUGCACGAUCCAGCAUGGACAGCUACGUAGCGGGACCUACUUCGGCGACACCGACCUCGUCUGGCUGCGUCAAGGCCCUCGGCAGAUCUUUGCGAAGAUCCAGGCCGUCAGCCGCAAGCGUGAGCACAUCGAGCUCACGCUGCGCUGCCAUCUCGGGAAGGACGUACACAACGCCGGAUCAGGCCUGACUGCGAGGACGAAGUGGGAGAUGAUCAAGCUCGUCAACCUAAGUACGGUCCACCGCGAGUACGCCGCCUUGCAAGCACUCGAGUUCAUCGACUUGUGCGGCGAUGUCCUCGCGCCUCGUCCGCCUCCGAGCAUCAAGACGGAGCCGCGGACCAUCGAGAAAACCAUGGCGGCGUACAAGGUCAACGAGCCGCAGGCGAUCGCAAUCCAUGGAGCGUUGCGAACGCAGGGCUUCAGCCUGAUUCAAGGACCGCCCGGUACCGGCAAGACGAGCACGAUCGUUGGUCUUGUCGGCGCCUUCGUCGACUCUCGCCCGCGCGUCGCCGCUCCCAUCGAUGUCGGCCGUCCGACAGACACCUCGCAGAUCCCGCCGGUCGCCAAAGUCUUGCUCUGCGCGCCGAGUAACGCUGCCGUGGACGAAGUCGCCAAGCGUCUGAAGGAGGGCGUCCGGCUCAUGGACGGCUCGCUCUAUGUCCCGAAGGUCGUCCGUAUCGGUGCCGACUCGGCUAUCGACAUCGCUGUCAAAGAUGUCUUCAUCGACGAGCUCGUUGAGCGCGCGACCAGCGGCAACAAGUCGACGACCGGCACGAACGACGCCCAGUCUCGCAUGCAGAACAUGCGCAACGAGAUUGAUUCGCUCAGGAGCGACCGCGACGCCAAGAAGGCCGAGAUGGACUCGAUCACGAACAACGAGUUCCGCCGCGGCGAGCUCAACCUCGAGCUUCGGAAAAUCAAGGCGCGCAUCUUCGAGCUCUCGCAAAUGCUCGACACGGAGAAGGACAAGGCGCAGCAGUCGCGCCGCACGAUGGACGCCGAGCAGCGCAAGAUGCGCCUCAAGAUCCUGUCCGAAGCCGACGUGAUCUGCUCGACGCUGUCCGGUGCCGGCCACGACUACAUGUCCCAGCUGCCGUUCGACUUCGAGACGGUCAUCAUCGACGAGGCCGCCCAGUCGAUCGAGCUGAGCUCGCUCAUCCCGCUCAAGUACGGCUGCACGCGUUGCAUCCUCGUCGGCGACCCGCUCCAGCUCCCGCCCACCGUCAUCUCUGGCGUCGCCGCUCGAGGUGGCUACGACCGUUCGCUUUUCGUGCGCGUCAUGCAGCGAGGUCCGCAGGCCGUCCACCUCCUUUCGAUCCAGUACCGCAUGCACCCGAACAUCUCGGCGUUCCCCUCCGCCGCUUUCUACCAGUCACGCCUGACGGACGGUCCUGACAUGGACAAGAAGACGCUCCAGCCCUGGCACGCCAACGCCCUCUUCCCGCCGUAUACCUUCUACCACAUCGAGGGUCAGGAGAUGUCGGGUCGCCACCACUCGUACACCAACCCGGUCGAGGCGGCGACUGCGCUCGCCAUUUACGAGCGCCUGCGCCGCGACUACCCCUCAAUCGACUUUGAUUACCGCAUCGGCAUCGUCACGCCGUACAAGGGCCAGGUCAUUGAGCUCAAGCGCACGUUCAGGCAGAAGUACGGCGAGGAGAUCGUCUCCAAGAUUGCAUUCAACACGGUCGAUGGCUUCCAAGGACAGGAGAAGGACAUCAUCAUCUUGUCCUGUGUCCGUGGCGGUUCCGCCGACAAGGGUGUCGGUUUCUUGGCCGACACUCGCCGAAUGAACGUCUCUCUGACGCGCGCCCGCUCGUCGAUCUGGAUCCUCGGCGACUCGAACAAGCUCCGCGCGAACCAGUACUGGGGCCAACUCGUCGCGGACGCCGAGACACGCGGCCUCUUCCGGAGAGCCGACGUCCAGCUCUUCCGCUCGUCCUACUCGGCCCCGCCCGUCGUCCGGACCGCCCUCCCUUCUGUCCCUGUCUCCCGCUCGCGCGCUGGAGCAAUCGAGAUGUCGCCCGCCUACUCGUCCGGCCAGAACGGCCUCGUCGCGCCGACUCCGCCUCACGUCGUCAACGGCACCGGCAGUGCACUCAAGAAGCGCCUGACGGACGCGAUGGACGUCGACUCGCCCGCCAAGAGGCCGAAGAUGGAGGACGGAGAAGUCGAGGAGCAGAAGCCGAGAGUGCAGCGUCCGAGGCCGCCGGUGCAGAGGGCGCAAGUUCCCACGCAACAGCCGGUCAAGAGGAAGGCACCGCCGUCGUUGUUUGUCCCGAAGAAGCGUCCGCCACCGAAGUAG